AAAACCCAUGAGCUGGAGGCAGAUUCCGUGUGUGCCAAUCGAGCUGUAUUCGAAUUCCCAACCCUAUUUAUACCCUCCUCUUCUCCACUCCCUCUCCUCACCCCCUCCGCCUCUUCCUUUUCCGGCCGCCGGAAUCCUCCCCCUCCCCACCCACGCACACAAAAUACCCACUUCCUACUUGCUUAAUUUCCCCUUUGUAUAGUCAGAAAUGGCGUUCUCCGCCGUGUUCUGCUGGUCUGUUUCCUUUUUGGCCCUCUGCUUCCUCCUCCAUUCCCUCCUCAACCGCCUCGCGGCCGGCCGUCGGAGACUCCCCCUCCCGCCGGGGUCCCUCGGCUGGCCGUACAUCGGCGAGACCUUCCAACUCUACUCUCAGAACCCCAAUGACUUCUUCGCCGCCAAAGUCAAGAAGUUUGGGUCUAUAUUCAAGACCCAUAUUCUGGGCUGCCCCUGCGUGAUGAUUUCAUCGCCGGCGGCGGCGAAGAUGGUGCUGGUGACAAAGGCCGAUCUCUUCAAGCCCACAUUUCCGGCGAGCAAAGAGAGGAUGUUGGGCAGACAGGCCAUCUUCUUCCACCAGGGAGAGUACCACGCCAAGCUGAGGAAGCUCGUACUCCGGGCAUUCACGCCGGAGGCCAUCAAAAACAUAUUCUUCGACAUCGAAUCCAUCGCUGUCGAGUCGCUGAAAUCGUGGGACGGCCAGCUCAUCACCACUUUCCAGGAAAUGAAAACAUACGCAUUCAAUGUCGCAUUGCUUUCGAUUUUCGGAAAGGACGAGAUUCUGUACAGAGAAGAUCUCAAACGAUGUUACUACAUUCUGGAAAAGGGGUACAAUUCUAUGCCCAUUAAUCUUCCGGGAACUCUGUUCCACAAAUCCAUGAAAGCCCGGAAGGAGCUGGCCCAGAUCCUGGCCAAAAUCCUCUCGAUUCGCCGGCAAAUGAAGCACAACCACACCGAUUUGCUCGGAUCUUUCAUGGGCAACAAGGAAGCCCUCAGCGACGAGCAAAUUGCCGACAACGUCAUCGGCGUCAUCUUCGCCGCCCGCGACACCACCGCCAGCGUACUCACCUGGAUCGUCAAGUACCUCGCCGAGAACCCGAGCGUCCUCCAGGCCGUCACGGAAGAGCAAGAGGCGAUACGGAGAUCAAAGGACGGGGAAGAGAAGGAGUUGAAUUGGGGGGAUACAAAGAAGAUGCCAAUAACAUCAAGAGUUGUUCAAGAGACACUGAGAAUUGCCUCAGUUUUGUCCUUCACUUUCCGGGAAGCUGUUGAAGAUGUUGAAUUUGAAGGGUAUUUAAUACCAAAGGGUUGGAAAGUGUUGCCACUGUUCAGAAACAUUCAUCACAGCCCAGAGAAUUUCCCAGAGCCUGAGAAGUUUGAUCCCUCAAGAUUUGAGGUUGCACCAAAGCCCAAUACCUUCCUGCCAUUUGGCAAUGGGGUCCACUCCUGCCCAGGGAAUGAGCUGGCAAAACUGGAGAUUUUGGUGCUGCUACAUCACCUGACCACCAAGUACAGGUGGUCUAUGGUGGGCCCACAAAAUGGGAUUCAGUAUGGCCCCUUUGCCCUUCCCCAGAAUGGUCUGCCCAUCAGGCUCUCCCUCAAGUCAUAGACCUGGAAAAGAGGCCCAGACAUAUAUCUAAAUAUAGAAAGGCUGCCUCAAAAAGAAAACUUUCUUCUUUUAUGUGAAGAUUACGAGAGGGCAUAAUGGUCAUUCUCCCAGACUCCAGGGAAGAAGAUAAAAAGAGGAACAACCAAAUACCCUUUUGCAUAAGAAGAAAAUUUUUGGGAAGAUAACACCAAACAAACUCAAAAAGGAAAAGCAAAAGUGUACAUAAGGAGAGUCCUCCUAGUAAUUAAUUUACAAAUUUUGAAGUCCCAAAGUCUCAUGCAUUUUCAAGAAUGAAAAUGAAAAAUUUGUUCAAGGGAUGGGAUCCAUAUGUAACCUAUAGCUAGUUUAGGCCACUUUCAUAUGCAUGGUUUGUAUUUCUCCUCCUCCUCCUCCUCUUCUUCUUCUUCUUCUUUUGGUUGUAUAAAGUCCGCAAGGCAAUUAAUGAAAUAUUACAAUUUAAUCUUUGA